ACACGCUGGGACUGUUCAAACUCUGAACCUCACUUCUUUACAGCUGCACCUCUUGAUCUGACUUUUGACAAAACCCAUCAAUCGACUCAAUUUAGCAUGUCCCUCGCACGAUUCACUCGAGCUUCCACUGCUCCUCUCAGGACUCUUCAACUCCGGGCCAUCUCAACCUCUGCUGUCAGGUCGAAGAGCUUGACCGACAGUGUCAAAGAGACUGCCGACGCGGUCAACAAGAAAGUCGGACAGACCCUCGCUAGUGGACUCGAAGGAGCUCAGAACGCCGCUGAUAGCGUCAAAGAGACCGUCGGCGUGAGAGCUGACCAAGCCAAAGCCAAAGUCGACGCCAACACACCCACCAAGAACCAAGUCAAGGGCGCGGCGGACUACGUCAAGCAGACCGUCAAUGAAGCUGCUGCCGAUGCCAAAGUAGAGGCCAACAAGGCCAAGCAGGACGCCAAGAGUAAGCUCUGAGCGGGAGUUGUUCAAAGGGGAGAACUAGUAAAUCGCCAUACAAAAAUCGUCUCAGAAUGUAUACGAAAUGACA